AUGUCUCUCCAAGGCGCUGCUCGGGCUUCUCGUAUCCGAGCUAUUGGCCAGAACUUUGUCACUCGCUCGCUUGGCCACCCCUCUCGGCUUUCCUCGAUGUCACCCGCAGGCAGCUCUUAUGACUCUUUCGCCGCCUACCGCUCUAGGGCCUAUCAACAUGGUCCCCUUCACCAUGCAUCCCUUAUGCGGGGAUCCCUGAAUUCGAGCUCUGUGACUUCGGAGGAGUUCAUCAACUCAAGCAGAGAAUACCUUGACCAUAGGAAUCUCUCCUCGCAGACUCACCACCUCCCAUGGACAGAAGCCGAAAUCGACGCCAUCGAGUCUGGUGGCGCUAGCCUCCUGCGUUAA